AUGUACGAUUGUUUAAAAAAAGAAAAUAUUGGGAUGACUGAUAAUGCAAUUGUUUCGCGAAUUCAUGUAUUAACAAAAAUCGGGUAUAAGACGAUAUACACAAUUAUUAAAUUAGGCACUGUUACAGAUCAUUCCUUAAAACGAAAGCGACCAAAUAAAAAAUUAGGUAGGAUUGACAUUGCUGCAAAAGACUUUAUUCAACGAACAUUUUACAAUUUUUACAAAGAAAAUAGAGUGUCUACUUUAGAACUGAUUCGUGACAAAUUGAGAAAUUUCCCUGAAUAUAAUUAUACAUCUUUGGAAACACUGCGCGAGAUUUUGAUAAGUUGUGGAUUUAAAUAUAAGAAAUUAGAUAAUCGAAUGGUAAUAAUGGAAUCUCGGCGUAUCGUUGAACUUCGACGAGAGUAUUUGAGUAAAAUAAAACAAUAUCGUAAUUCAAACAGAAACAUAAUCUAUUUAGACGAAACCUGGUUCGAUACGCAUGAUGUUGUCAAGUACGGCUGGGUUGACAACACAAACAAUUGUGCCUUAAAUACACCGUGUUCAAGAGCAAAGCGUGUUAUUAUUCUUCAUGCCGGAAGCAAAGACGGUUUUGUAUCUAAUGCAUUGCUAUUGUCGGCCAAAAAUAUAACAAAAUCUUCUGCCGAUUAUCACGAAGAUAUGACAGCCGAUUUAUUUGAAAAGUGGUUUGUCGAACAGCUCUUGCCCAAUAUUCCGCCGAAUUCAGUUAUUGUUAUGGAUAAUGCGCCGUAUCAUUCCCGCAUAUUAAAUAAGAUACCUAAUAAUAACACGAAAAAGGAUGAAAUUUUAAAAUUUAUGCAACUUAAAAACAUCACUGUUCCUCAAAAGAUUCCAGUAAAGAAGGAAAUAAUUAGAAUGAUCAAAAGUCGGAAUUUUAAAAACGAAUACGUCACUGACACCAUUUGCAGCAGGCACGGCCAUACUCUUUUGCGAUUACCCCCAUACUAUUGCAUUUUUAAUCCAAUUGAAAUGGUUUGGGGAACCGUAAAAAAACGAUUGCGAAAAUAUAAUCAGUCACCAACAUUAAGCGCAGUGGCCAUUGAGAAUAUUCGAGAAGUAAUUAGUGGCAUUAAUAGCGAUGUGUGGAAAAAUUGCGAAGCUCAUGUUGGAAAAAUAGAAAACGAAUAUCCUGUUUUACCGGCAAUAGCACCAAUAGUUAUCCAACCUGGGAACGAUUCGACUUCAGAAGACUCUGACGAUUCUUUUUAG